AAGAUUAUGGUGGCAAGGGCUGCAUUUCCGGCACCCACUAUUCCAACCUUUUAUCCGGCCACGCGUCCGCCCGGGCAUUUCCAGCUCAUAUAAUGGGGGGGGGGGGAUUAGCAUCCGCCGUAGCCGUCGCUCUUAUUUUUUUAGAAUGGAAUAACUAAAUCCCCCCGCGAACCUUAUCCUUUAUUCCGCUCUCGUAUAGAAAUAAAACGAGGGAGGUUGAGAGACAGGGGGACGGGAAUAACGAAAAAAUCUCGAGCCGAAGGAAGAAGAACCAGCGAAGAAUCGAAUGGAUGGUGGGCUUCUCCUCCUCCUCCUCCUAAAUCUUCCCCCUUCCUCCAAGCGAAGCCGCGUCGCCUUCCUCCUCCUCUCCUCCAAAUCCCUCACUCUCUACAGAUAAAUCCCUAAUUUUCUCGCCAAUUGGGGCUAGAUCGGUGGUUUUGGGCUUGGAUUUGGGGGGGAAUUUGGGAGGGUUAGCGUUAGGAUUUGGGAUGGGGGCCGGGGUGUCGAGUAUGGACGGGAGAGAGCGGCCAACUGGUCUGGGGGACUUGCCGGAGAGCUGCGUGGCGGAGGUCUUGCUCCGGCUUGAUCCGCCGGAGAUCGGUAGGCUGGCGGGCCUCAGCCGCACGUUUCGUGGGGCGGCGUCGGCGGAUUACGUGUGGGAGGCGAAGCUGCCGAGAAACUAUAGGUAUUUGAUGGAGACUGCGCUGGGGGAGGAGAGUUCCAGGCGUGGGCUUGGCAAGAGGGAGAUAUUUGCGAGGCUAUGUCAGCGGAAUCGCUUCGAUGCGGGCAAGAAGGAAUUCUGGCUGGAGAAAUACUCAGGUGGGUUUUGCAUGUUGAUCUCUUCAAAGGCGUUAUCGAUUACAGGGAUUGAUGAUCGGAGGUACUGGAACUUUAUCCCUACCGGUGAAUCCAGGGCUGCUAAUGGCUUGGUGGAUUUGUUUGCAAGACAAGGGGCAUGAAGAUUCCACACUGUUGCAUACCUUCAGCAAAUUUGGUGGCUCGAAGUCGGUGGGGAAAUUGAUUUCUGCUUUCCAGAAGGUACAUACAGCUUGUUCUUCCGGCUUCAUUUAGGCAGGGCCUCUAGACGACUUGGUCGACGGGUCUGUAGCCUUGAGCACGUCCAUGGGUGGGACAUAAAACCUGUGAGGUUUCAGCUAUCAACAUCUGAUGGUCAGCAAGCGCAGUCCAAGUGUUAUUUAGAUGAACCUGGGAUUUGGACGCUCCAUCGUGUCGGCGAUUUUGUUGUUAAGAACUCCAGUGCACCAACCAAAGUCAGGUUCUCAAUGAUUCAGAUUGAUUGCACACACACCAAAGGGGGUCUUUGUGUGGACGCCGUGUUAAUUUGCCCGAAGGGGUCUAGAAAAGGGAAAAAUGUUAUAUACUUAUAGGUAGGUUUGCCAUGCAAGGGAGGGUUAUCAGAUGUUAAAAGUUGAAUGCAGAAGAUAGCCUGCUUUCCUUCACAGAUUUGCGUGUACAUGUUUUCCCUUAUAUUUUAGAGGGAUGAGGUAGAGUGAGGGGUGUUGUUUUUUACUACAUUUUCUUUCAUUAGUGGUCAAAAUUUUGUAUAUGGAUCCUUGAUAUGGACCAAUCUGUAUGUGCCAAUUUUAGAGAUCCCUAGACUUUGUUAAUUGGAAAAUAUUAUCUCUGGUAGACUUUUCAGCAAGGCUUUAAA